GAAACUGAAAGCGUGAUUUCUAAGGCAGUCUUUUUUGUGGGAGUGGUUGCCAUUGCUGCGUACGCUGAAAGAUUCCAGACUUUCUCCUGAUUUUUCAAUCUACGGCUGCAUGUCGCGGUUACAGGCUCCCUUUAUUGACUUCUACCCUAAAGUGAUCUUAUUUUCUCGUGUUCAGUGCAGCUUAUCAUUCGCGCAUUGCUCGAAGUCCGAGCUGUGUGGUUUCGAUGCAUGCUGUGCAGUUCUAAUUAUUUGUUUCUUGAUGGCUUUUACCCAGUUCAGAGCUCCAGGGUGUUCUGCUGAGAUUAGCGAGCAAAUGCGGUUGGAUCGGUACAGAAGUCUAUGUGGGUUAUUAACAUGUUUCGCGAUUUGUGUGAAUUUGGCGAUGAAGUUUCCCUUUGAUACGCACGCUUGUCUCGAGACUUCUGUCUGUAGGAUUCGUGACGUCGAUGUCCAAAAUUUUGGUGUCGUGAUGACGAAUUAAGAUACAAUGACCAAGCCAGAGUUUCCCCAGCCCUGUUUUGGUAAGUAAAAUAAACAGUCGCGCACUGAGAGCAGGCUCGCCUGCACUGCAAUUGGCAGCUGAUUCUGUGCAUUCAUGCUUUGGAAAACCCACCAAUGGCGUAGACAGCAAUCAAGGUUUGAGCACUUUUGCCAUAUUCAUUUCCCCAUCAAACAAAACUGAGUCUGGAAUGCUUCUUCAGCGGAAGUCGCAAAAGCUAGGUCAUCAAAAUCAAUUGAGCUCAUUACGUAUGUUGAUUUCAUUCAAUUGUGAAGACUAUUCCACCAUUCUCGCUUUGCUUCAUGUGUCAAAAUGAGAAGUACAUUUGACCCACAGUGUAGACUUAGUUCAAGAGACGACUACCCAACUGGCACUACUUGUAUUUGUCAAUGUGACGAAGCACUUGAGCUCACUGAAUGCACAUCAAUCUGUGUGAUUGUAAGCUCUAUGAGGUCACAAUUGUAUGGCUGAGGAGGGACCUAACUUUGUCACCUGCUCUACUCAACAUUGUUACAUACUUAUGUCAGAAAGACUGAAGCCUACACCUACAUACUUUGCUUGCAUACUUGGCCGUGUAGAUUCAUGUUGUACCAUUUACCAAAUCUGGGUUCCUUUGUAAUCAGUGUGUUGUUAUUUUGUGUAUCUUUGUAGGGAAUGUGUAAGGAUGUCCUGUAUUUCUACAGUGAAGGCAGAUUUGACUGAAGCAAUCAUUCUUUGUCUUAAAUGAAGGUAUCUUCACCUAUCUGCAAUUCUUUUUGAGCAGUUGAGUUGAGAGAAUUAUCACAAAUUGAAUGCAGGUUGUGAUCUACAGCACCUUGCAAACUUACAAGCUAGUCUCUUGUGGUUUUUUGUAUUGUCUUAUGAUUAUGCCCCAGCUGACAAGCAUUUGAGAUUCCAUACAUAGGCGAAUUACUUCUAAUGUUCAUAGAUGUUGCAAGUUUUAUGUGAUUAUGAUCUGUAACAAUAGAAAUAAGAUUAAAAAAAUAUAUCAAAAUGUUUUAUGGACCCGGGUCAAUGUAUGAGCCGGUAUUAUAAGAUUUGGUUGAAAGUAA